UUAGCUCGUCAGUCUAUUUAGAUGUGCGAUAUUACAGGAGUUUUUGUAUCCCACCAGACACGGUCUACAUCAUGUAGACUACAUGGUGCAUGAAUGCAUGACAUGACAGGUUUGAGUGCAAUGUGGGCCCAUUAGUUCACAAACAUGUAGACCAAAGUAGUUUAUCCUGUUUGGGGUGGGGUCCUCGGCCAAGGAAAAAAUUCACCCAAUCAUACUGAAAACAGAUGUGUUCAAGUGGCGAUCUGGUCAAUAUAUAUGCUGCUCGGCUGCGAAGAACAACAGGAGGAACUCCGAGUACAACCAGCCAUCCUCACAUUCUGCACUAAGAAUUUUCAGUCAGACCUACACAGCAACAUGGCACAUGCUCAAGAACUUCAGCUCCAGAUCAGAGGUACAGGCAUCCCGGAGCACGAACCCGGGCACGGUGAGAACGGCGCGGCAGCGCCGAAAGCCGCCGCCGCCGCCGAGGCCGAGCACCGACGGUCGGCGCGAUGCAGCGUCCGGUGGUGGCUGACGGUGGCGGUGGACAUGCUGGUGGUGCUGACGGCGCAGACCGUGGCCACCCUCCUGAACCGCCUCUACUACACCUCGGGCGGCAACAGCAAGUGGCUCUCCACGCUGACGCAGUCCGGCGGCUCGCCACUGCUCGCCAUCCUCCUCUUCCUCACGCCUCCUAGUCCUUCUUCCCCCUCCGCCGAGCUCCAUGAGCCGGAGCCGGCAGCGGCCAAGAUGGCGGCCAUCUACCUGGGCCUGGGCGUCCUCAUCGGCUUCGACAACCUCAUGUACUCCUACGCGCUGCAGUACCUCCCGGUCUCCACCUUCGCGCUCCUGGCCGCCACGCAGCUCGCCUUCAACGCCAUCACCUCGCGCCUCAUCAACGCGCAGCGCUUCACGGCGCUCAUCGCCAACUCCGUCGUCGUGCUCACCUUCUCCGCCACGCUGCUCGGCGUCGGCUCCUCCUCCGACGGCACCGGCACCGGCUCCAGCAACAACAACCUCCCACGGGACAAGUACACGGCCGGAUUCAUCCUCACGCUGACGGCAUCGGCCACGUUCGCGCUCAUCCUGUCGCUCUUCGAGGCGACCUUCGAGAAGGUGGUGAAGCGCAGGACGUUCCGGUGGGUGCUCAAGGUGCAGCUGUGCACGAACCUGGUGGCGACCGCGGUGUCGUUGUGCGGGCUGUUGGCGUCCGGUGAGUGGCGGACGGUGCCGGGGGAGAUGGCGGCGUUCCGGGACGGGAGGGCGCGGUACGUGGCCACGCUGGUCGGCACGGCUGUGUCCUGGCAGGCCAUGUCGGUGGGCUCGCUCAGGCUGAUCACCAGGGUGUCGUCGCUGUUCGCCAACGUGACGGGAACCGUGGCGCUGCCGCUCGUGCCGGUGUUCGCCGUGGUUCUGUUCGGGGACAGGAUGACGGGGAUCAAGGCCGUGGCCAUGCUCAUGGCCGUCUGGGGGUUCCUCUCGUACGUGUACCAGCACUACCUGGAUGGCCGGCGCGCGGCCGAGGGGAGGAAGACGGGAGCGGCGGAGUGCGGCGUCUGCGCGGCGCGCGGCCGAGGCGAGGCCGUUUUGCACGCUUGAGAAUUGCUCCCUAGACGAGCGAAUAUGAAAUAGGAGUAGUACUAGGAUGGAUGCGUGUAUGGAGGCCUCUGCGUUAUGCAUCGCUGCUCAUGGACGCGCGUGCGGCAGGAUGGGUUUAUUACACUUCCAAGUUGCGAAACAUUGCAAACAAAUUCGUACGCGUGCAA